GCCGCUCGCGCUGCUCGGGGCCGCGGCUCGCGGAGGCCGGCACUUGCUCCGAGGUCCGCGCGCCGCGGAGCGCCGGCCAUGCGGUCCCUGUGGCUGGCGCUGUGCGCGCUGGCGCGCCUGUGGCCCGGGGCCCUGGCCGGCUGCGCCGAGGCGGGGCGCUGCUGCCCCGGCCGGGACCCCGCCUGCUUCGCCCGCGGCUGGAGGCUCGACCGGGUCUACGGGACUUGCUUCUGCGACCAAGCCUGCCGCCUCACCGGGGACUGCUGCUUCGACUACGACAGGGCGUGCCCAGCUCGCCCGUGCAUCGUGGGGGAGUGGAGCCCCUGGAGCGGCUGCUCGGACCAGUGCAGGCCGGGGACCCGCGUGCGGCGGCGCCUGGUGCAGCAGGAAGCCCUGAACGGCGGCGCGCCCUGCCCGGCCCUGGAGGAGAGAGCCGGCUGCCUGGAGUACUCGACGCGGCGGGGCCAGGACUGCGGCGGCGCCUUCGUCCCUGCCUUCAUAACUACCUCUGCAUUCAACAAGGAGAGAACAAGACAAGUUGCCUCCCCGCAGUGGCCGACAGACACACAGAAUGCCAGGUACUGCAUGGAGUUCAAGACCGAGUCACUGACUCACCACUGCGCCAGGGAAAACCGCCCUCUGACGCGAUGGAUGCAGUACCUGCGAGAGGGGUUCACAGUGUGUGUGGACUGUCAGCCUCCAGCCAUGAACUCUGCAAGCCUGCGCUGUUCCGGAGACGGCCUGGACUCCGACGGAAAUCAGAUUCUCCACUGGCAAGCAAUUGGCAACCCUCGGUGUCAAGGAACUUGGAAAAAAGUUCGGCGAGUAGACCAGUGUUCUUGUCCAGCUGUGCACAGUUUUAUAUUUAUAUAGACCGCGAGGUAAAUAUCUCAGUCUGUUUGUAAACAGGCUAAAUACUAUCAAGUCAUGUUUAAUGCUUCAUAAACCUUCAAAAAUGGUGUGGCCGAGAUCCUGAGACACGUCGUUGCUACACUCUGAAGGAGAAAGAUCAUUUAGGUGCUAAUUUUCAAGAAACACAGCACUCAGUUGAGGACUCACCCUGAAGUGUCCUGUGGUUUUGUGUCCCUGACCUCCCACAUAGUCUUCUCAUUCAACAGGUGGCCCAUGCAACACAAAAUACAUCUGUUUGCACUAGAAUUACUACAACAUGGUCCAUUUGUUGGUAAGUUGUCAUAUUAGGGUAUCCAUGCUUUGAAUCUUGCAUUUUUUCCUCCCUUUUCUGUAAUUUUCAAAAAUGUAUACAGAUAUAUGUACACUCUCACAUACAUUUCUUAUAUGUUCUUAUACAAACUCUGAAAUGACUAAUUUCAAGCAAAAUGUCACAUAAUUUUCUACAAGACAAGCUAUUUAAGAUAUAGCAAGCAUUUUGUAAUAAUCCAAUAGCUCUGCUAAAAAUACUUAUUUUGAAGAACUAGUUAAUUGAAAAGAUCAAUGAGUUCCUUUAAAUAUACUUUUCAUGAUAAAUUUUGACACCAAUGACUGAAACAAUUAUGAAAAUUCUACCAUCAUUAGAACCUAAGAUUAUUGCUAAAGCCUGAAACUGACCAAAAUCAUCUUUGAGUCAAAUUUAGUUGAAGUGAACUCACUACUUAUUUUCUAUAGCAUAUCAUAGUCAUUUUCUUAUGUUUGGAGUGGAAGGCAGAGGAAUAGAUUAUUGAAGGCUGGGAUUUUAUUAUAGAUCCUUUGGCCUCGUACACAUAGAGUAUCAGUCUUAUGUUAUGAUUGGAGAAUCAGUGAGAUGAAGUGGCUUAAGCAUCUGGAAUGCCAAGUGAUUCUUCAAGUCGGCCACAGAACCAAGCCCGGCUUCUCAUACAGAACUCGGCUUUGAUGGAAAGCCAGACUAUGCCAAAGACUGUGCUGUAAAAGCGCAGCCCUUUUCAUUUUCUUUUUUAACAAAUCUUAAAUCCAGGAUAUUUUCUUUGAAAAACUGAAUCUCAAGAUUUAAACUGUAUGAAAUUCAUUUGUAUAAAAUAUUAUACACUAGCAAAUGAUUUACAUAUUUCUCUGUACUUACCAUGUAAUGACAGAAUGACAAUUACAAGCUUAAUAGAGAUGGAAAAUAUUUAAUUUUAAUGUGGAGAGUAUUCAAUUUCUUGACUAAAUAUUCAUUUAACCAUCUGUGUGAUUUUUGUGGUAAAUUAAAUUCUUCAGAAAUUAUUAAUAAACAAAUUUAUGUCUCAAGGUUAAGAGUUCAGUAUUAACAUUUUAUGAUCAUUUCUAACAUUUGUCAAGCAAGGUUUUUGAAAAUAUACCUGGGUAAUUUUCAAUGUUACUUAAAAUUUUUAUACCAGUAAAUAAACUGUUCACAUUUUAAAAA